CUCAGUCUCUCAAAACCCCUGUAAAUCUGUAAUUCCCUUCCUUCUCUAAACCCUUUAUUUAUUUCGCAUUCUGUACACCCUGUUUAUCAUCUCGUUGGGGCGUCGGAGAUGGUGGUGUCUAGGCUUUUCUCGAGUGUCUCAAGGAACGUGGGCCGACGGGCCUUGCUACUCUCUGCUGCGCAGAAGCAUCAGGUCCCAUUGCUAUCCAAUCAGCUCCACUCUCUUGCUUAUGAAUCUCGAAAAAUGAUUGUUACAAGUCAAAUUCCUCUCUUAAACCAUUCAGCCUUCAAUUCCUUCAAUUUUCAACAAUUCCGAAUGUCUUCUUCUGCUAAACCUGAGCCUACCGAGAAGGAAGAUGGAAGCUCCACAGUUGUUGAUCCAACAAAUGCUAAAGUUUCUGAUCAAACAAAAGCGUCAGAUUCUGAGGAGACUGAAGCCACUGAUCAAAAUAACGAAUCAGAUUCAGAUUCAGAAGACCAAAGUGACCUGUCAGUGGAUGAUUUGGUGAAGGUUGUCACGGAGAAGGAAGAACUCUUGAAGUUAAAGCAUGAAGAGAUAAAGGCAAUGCAAGAUAAAGUCCUUCGAAGUUAUGCAGAAAUGGAGAAUGUCAUGGAGAGGACAAGACGCGAUGCAGAGAACUCAAAAAAAUUUGCCAUACAGAACUUUGCAAAGAGCCUCCUGGAUGUUGCAGAUAAUUUGGAAAGAGCUUCUUCUGUGGUCAAGGUCAGUUUUUCGAAGAUUGAUACAUCCAAAGAUGCUGCUGGAGCUGUGCCACUGCUUAAAACGCUGCUGGAAGGGGUUAAUAUGACUGAGAAACAGCUUUUGGAGAUAUUUAAGAAGUAUGGCUUGGAAAAAUAUGAUCCUACAAAUGAGCCAUUCGAUCCACAUAGGCAUAAUGCAGUCUUUCAAGUACCAGAUAAUGCAAAGCCUCCAGGAACAGUUGCCCAUGUCUUGAAGGCCGGAUACAUGCUACAUGACCGGGUUAUUAGGCCAGCUGAAGUUGGUGUUACUCAAGCAAUGGAGAAUGGCACUGCUGACAAUGCAGCUGGCAAAGACUCUGAAGCUUGAACAUAUGAAUUGUAGAAUUGCUAUGGCCCGACUUAUGUCCACAUGAGAACAGAUAACGGCGGUUUGGUUGACACAUUAGCUUAUCGACCACUGUAUUUCCUGUCACAUUAGCCUUUGAGUUAUGUGGUUUAGAGAGUUCUUCAGGCCAACUAUUUUCUUCCGAUCUUUCUUUAUUUGAUUAUCUACUUGGUUCUUUGUCAUAAAAGAUAAAAGCAACAAGUUGCUGUUUUGCACCUCAUUUGUUCUUUCGAUUGCUUAUGUAUUAAGUGUUCCAAUUUUGAAAUGGACAAGGUUUGGUGUGGAGACCAAAAGAUGAAGACCCAUUCCUUGGGCCCUAUUCAAUUCAUGCA